GGCGGCCGCCGGGAGGGCGGGCGCGGGAGGGCGGCGCGCCGGGCUGAGCUGGUGCGCCGCACCGCGCCGCCUGCGCCCUUUAAACAGUCUCCAAGCCGAUUACAGCUGAUCUCCCACGUGACGUUUACCUUCUGUCUCCCGGAGCGCGUGGCCCGAGGACGGCGCUGCUCCGGCGGCCGCGCGUCUGCCGCCCCAGCCCGCCGCGGGCGCUGCACUGCCCAACUUUGGGCACCGAGGCUGCGGUCGACGCCGGCGCCCUCGCGGGGCCACUCUCCCAGCGGGCGUCCGGGGCUCGGGUCGGGGGGCAUCCGCUCGGCCCUGGGGUGGUGGUGGGGUGCGGCGAUCGGGGCAGACAACACGCUCAGUCCGUGCCCGGCGCCCUUGGACCCGCGCACGGCGGGGCCGGGGUGCCCUUCGCGCCGCAGCGGCAAAGGGGGCGCCCUUGGCCAGCGGCGCCGGAGCGGGCGCGCCCUCGGGGAGCCGGCCGGCCGAUGGCGGCGGGGCGGGGGUGAGGCGGCGGCCAGCAGAGCACCCGGGGGCCCUCGCCAUGCAGAAGAGCGUGCGCUACAACGAGGGGCACGCGCUGUACCUCGCUUUCCUGGCGCGCAAGGAGGGCACCAAGCGUGGCUUCCUCAGCAAGAAGGCGGCCGAGGCGAGCCGCUGGCACGAGAAGUGGUUCGCGCUCUACCAGAAUGUGCUCUUCUACUUCGAGGGCGAGCAGAGCGGCCGCCCGGCGGGCAUGUACCUCCUGGAAGGCUGCAGCUGCGAGCGCACGCCCGCGCCCCCCAGAGCCGGCGCGGGGCCCGGAGGCGCCCGGGACGCGCUGGACAAGCAGUAUUACUUCACUGUUCUUUUUGGCCACGAGGGGCAGAAGCCGCUGGAGCUGCGCUGCGAGGAGGAGCAGGACGGCAGAGAGUGGACGGAGGCCAUCCACCGGGCCAGCUACUCAGACAUUCUGAUCGAGAGGGAAGUUCUGAUGCAAAAGUAUAUUCAUCUAGUUCAGAUUGUGGAGACAGAAAAGAUUGCAGCUAACCAGCUUCGCCAUCAACUUGAAGACCAAGACACGGAAAUCGAAAGGCUGAAGUCAGAGAUCAUCGCUCUCAAUAAAACCAAGGAGCGGAUGCGCCCUUACCACAGCAACCAAGAAGAUGAGGACCCGGACAUCAAGAAGAUCAAAAAGGUGCAGAGCUUCAUGCGAGGGUGGCUGUGUCGCAGGAAGUGGAAGACCAUCGUGCAGGAUUACAUCUGCUCCCCGCACGCCGAGAGCAUGCGCAAGCGGAACCAGAUCGUGUUUGCCAUGGUGGAGGCGGAGUCCGAGUACGUCCAUCAGCUGCAUGUCCUGGUCAACGGCUUCCUCCGGCCCCUGCGCAUGGCGGCCAGCUCCAAGAGGCCCCCCAUCAGCCACGAUGAUGUCAGCAGUAUUUUUCUCAACAGUGAGACGAUCAUGUUUCUCCAUGAAAUCUUUCACCAAGGCCUGAAGGCAAGGAUCGCCAACUGGCCCACUUUAAUCUUGGCUGAUCUGUUUGAUAUUUUGCUCCCCAUGCUGAAUAUUUAUCAAGAAUUUGUGCGCAAUCACCAGUACAGCCUCCAAGUCCUUGCCAACUGUAAGCAGAACAGAGACUUUGACAAACUCCUGAAGCAGUACGAAGCCAACCCUGCCUGCGAGGGGAGGAUGCUGGAGACCUUCCUCACCUACCCCAUGUUCCAGAUCCCCAGGUACAUCAUCACGCUGCACGAGCUGCUGGCCCACACGCCCCACGAACACGUGGAGAGGAAGAGUCUUGAGUUCGCCAAGUCGAAGCUGGAGGAGCUGUCCAGGGUCAUGCACGACGAGGUGAGUGACACCGAGAACAUCAGGAAGAACCUUGCCAUAGAGAGGAUGAUCGUGGAGGGCUGUGACAUUUUGCUGGACACCAGCCAGACCUUCAUCCGCCAAGGCUCUCUCAUUCAAGUACCUUCCGUUGAGCGGGGCAAGCUGAGCAAGGUGCGUCUGGGGUCGCUGUCUCUGAAGAAGGAAGGCGAGAGGCAGUGCUUCCUGUUCACCAAGCACUUCCUGAUUUGCACCAGGAGCUCCGGGGGAAAGCUGCACCUGCUCAAGACGGGCGGGGUGCUGUCGCUCAUGGAGUGCACACUCAUCGAGGAGCCCGAUGCCAGCGACGAUGACGCCAAAGGCUCCGGACAAGUGUUUGGACACCUGGACUUUAAAAUCGUGGUGGAGCCGCCGGAAGCCGCCCCUUUCACCGUGGUCUUGCUCGCGCCCUCGCGCCAGGAGAAGGCGGCCUGGAUGAGCGACAUAAGCCAGUGUGUGGACAACAUCCGAUGUAACGGCUUGAUGACCAUAGUGUUUGAAGAGAAUUCCAAAGUCACCGUGCCACACAUGAUCAAGUCGGACGCCCGUCUGCACAAGGACGACACGGACAUCUGCUUCAGCAAGACGCUCAACUCCUGCAAGGUGCCGCAGAUCCGCUACGCCAGCGUGGAGCGCCUGCUGGAGCGGCUCACGGACCUGCGCUUCCUGAGCAUUGACUUCCUGAACACCUUCCUGCACACCUACCGCAUCUUCACCACGGCCGCCGUGGUGCUGGGCACGCUGGCCGACGUCUACAAGAGGCCCUUCACCUCCAUCCCCGCCAGGUCCCUGGAGCUAUUCUUUGCCACCAGCCAGGGCAGCAGAGGGGAACACCUGGUGGAUGGCAAAUCCCCCCGGCUGUGCCGCAAGUUCUCCUCGCCACCGCCGCUGGCUGCGUCCAGGACAUCCUCCCCGGUGAGGGCCAGGAAGCUGUCUUUGACGUCGCCCUUGAACUCCAGGAUCGGGGCCUUGGACCUGACUCCUUCCUCGGCAUCCAGCAGCCCGACCGCCACCCACAGCCCCACGGCGUCCCCACCACCGCACACGGCAGCGGCUCUGGAGUGUGCACCUGCGCCUGCGCCCGCGCCAGCACCGGCACCAGCGCCGGCACCGGCACCGGCACCAGCACCGGCACCAGCGGAGCGAGCAGGCGCUGACGGCUGCCCGGCUCCCGCGGACACUGUGGGGCUCUCCCCUUGCCGAUCGCCCUGCACCCCGCGGCACAUGCGCUACCGCCAGCCUGGAGGACAGCCCGCUGACAGUGCCUACUGCUCCGUGUCGCCCGCCUCUGCUUUUGCCAUUGCCACAGCUGCAGCAGGACAUGGGAGUCCACCAGGCUUUAACAACACUGAGAGAACCUGCGACAAAGAGUUCAUCAUUCGGAGAACAGCCACCAACCGGGUCCUGAACGUCCUCCGGCACUGGGUCUCCAAGCACGCGCAGGACUUCGAGCUCAACAAUGAGCUGAAGAUGAAUGUGCUGAACCUGCUGGAGGAAGUCCUCCGUGACCCCGACCUCCUUCCCCAGGAGAGGAAAGCGACAGCCAACAUCCUGAGGGCCCUUUCACAAGAUGAUCAAGACGACGUCCACCUAAAGCUGGAGGAUAUAAUUCAGACGGCGGACUGUCCGAAGGCCGAGUGCUUUGAGACCCUGUCGGCCAUGGAGCUGGCUGAGCAGAUCACGCUGCUGGACCACGUCAUCUUCAGGAGCAUCCCCUACGAGGAGUUCCUCGGGCAGGGCUGGAUGAAGCUGGAUAAGAACGAGAGAACCCCGUACAUCGUGAGAACCAGCCAGCACUUCAAUGACAUGAGUAACCUGGUGGCCUCCCAGAUCAUGAAUUACGCCGACAUCAGCUCCCGCGCCAACGCCAUCGAGAAGUGGGUGGCGGUGGCCGACAUUUGCCGAUGCCUGCACAACUACAACGGCGUGCUGGAGAUCAGCUCUGCCUUAAACAGGAGCGCCAUCUACCGGCUGAAGAAGACCUGGGCCAAGGUGUCCAAGCAGACGAAGGCUCUAAUGGACAAGCUACAGAAGACGGUCUCAUCGGAAGGAAGAUUUAAAAACCUCAGGGAAACCCUGAAGAACUGUAACCCGCCCGCAGUGCCCUACCUCGGGAUGUACCUGACGGACCUGGCCUUCAUCGAGGAAGGGACCCCCGACUUCACUGAGGAAGGCCUCGUCAACUUCUCCAAGAUGAGAAUGAUCUCACACAUCAUCCGAGAGAUACGCCAGUUCCAGCAGACUUCCUACCGGAUAGACCAUCAGCCAAAGGUCACUCAGUACUUGCUGGACAAAGCGCUCGUCAUAGACGAAGAGACGCUGUACGAGCUGUCACUCAAGAUUGAGCCUCGACUCCCUGCUUGAAGACCUGGCCUUGCCCGCGAUGCCCCAGCGUUGUCACGGAGGGCGGGACGGACAGAUCUACGCAUGCACACGGCACGCCAGGCAGCGGGCACGGGGAGACGCCGCCAGUCUCCCACUGCACCCACAGAGAUGCAGCCAGGCUGGGGUUCUGCCUCCAGCCAGAGAGAAACGCAGCCAUCUGGGUUACAGACAGACUCGGGGUGGGGAGGCGCAGAGACGGGUAUGGUGGGUGUUGAUUGGUGGCAUGUCUGACCCGGGGAGGCGCCAGCAGCUGUCGUGCUGCAGCCGGUGACAAUGUGAAUUCCACCCUGUCCCGAGCUCUGUUAGACCCCGGGGCUGAGGACCGUGGGAAAGAUGCGCAGUGUUUUUCCCGGCACUUUCCUGGCCUGGGUGCACCUGCCAGCGCUCCAGGACCGACGGCUGCCAUCACAGUUGCUUUGCUGCGAGCUUCCCAGCAGUGCCGAGGCUUCGGCAGUGGGGGCGGCCGGCCCACGCAUGUGCAUGGCGCUCGGUGCAUGGCCAGUCUUCAGAGCCGAGCCGGCCUGUUCUGAAGCUGCCUUCCGGUCUCUGGGCAGCAAGACAGGAAGGAGACGCUGGAAAACAGGUGGAUCCAUCGGUGUGGCUCAUUCUUAAAUACAAACGGCCGACCCCAGAGGGUUGCAGCCAGAGGCCGUGGUGGGGCAAAGGCGGGGUGGGGCCUCUUCCUGAGUCUGCCAGUCCCAAAGAAGCCGACCUCCUUGGGGAGGCAGCUGCACGCUCAGCCCCACCCACAAGACUGUGGCCCAAGAGAGCAGGCCACAGGGUGCUGUGGGUGCACUGGGUCUCCAGGCGGAGCGGCAGACGUUACUGGGGUCGCCUCUGACCUGGCUCUGCGGGUUUCCUCUCGCCCUUCCAGUAGGAUGGGGCCUUGUUCGAUUUACACAGACCUCUGUAGGUCCACGGUCAGCGUUUCCUCUGUGUGUGUGUGUGUGUGUGUGAGAGAGAGAGAGAGAGAGAGAAUAAAACUGCUAGUGGGAUUUCCCCGAGUGCUCACUCGUCCACGUGCUGCUGGGGAUCAGCGCUCCCCGACCCAGGCCCCAUGGUUUGAGAGGAUGCCGAGGUGUGUCUGAGCGGGAACACUGCACGUGCGAGGAGAAGGGGCGCUGCUGCCCCACAGCUCUACCUGCCGAGCGCCAGGCACAGGGGCUCCUCCCGCUCCCUGGAGCCCGGGAAGUGGCCUUAGCUUUCCCGAGAGUGGCAGGUGUUGAAGAAAUAGGGCUAUGUCCCCCUUCACCUCCCUCCUCUCUUCUCAGGGAGACUGCUGCUCUCAAAGGAGGAAGAGAGAGCGGAGCUCUUGUUAGCCGAGCCUGCCGCACCUGGCCUCUCGUCUCAGAAGCAGCACGGCGCUCGCUGACCUGACCUGGGCACAGGGUCUCUGCGGCUGUUCCCCCUCCUUGCACUUUAGCGAUGCUGUUAGGACUGACGGCCGACUGGCAGAGUUCACUGCUGGCUCUCGAGAGCCGGUGGAAAGCCGGCCUCAGCGGCCAUCUGUACAUAGCUUCUGCAGAGGGGCCCUCUCCGAACACAGCUAUCUACUGAACUACCACAUCAGUCACCGAAAUAGUCAUCGCAGUCUAAGGACUCGGAAAUAUUUUCAGUAGUUUCUGUUAUCCAACAACACAGCACCGAGCCCGCGACGGGCUCCUUACUGAUACCUGAUGUUCUUUUUAAGGUUGCUUGUUUCUCUUUGGCUUCCAAUAAGAGGUUGAUGCAUCCUGAUGCAUGAUGACAAGGGCAGGGGCUGCCCGGAUUCUACCCAUGCCUAACUUUCUCUGCUCAGUGCUCAGAAACUGCAGGUUGGAGAUGGCAGACGCCACUCACACCAAACACCGCCACGUCUGGCAGGGAUCAGUGUUCCUGGGAGGUGAGCUGAAACCAAGAGAAACCCGUGUAAGGACCACGCACCGAGUGCGUUUGACAGCCACAGGGUCACCACGGGGUCACCGCCACCUGUAAGUGGUGGUGGUGGGGGCAGAUGUGAGUUUGGAUUCUGCUUCUCCCUUGCAAAUGUUCCAGGGGCACUGCAGCCAUUCCUGUGGGAGAAAAACAGGAAAGGGAAGAAUUCUCAGAUGUGCCUCCCCUUUGGGAAUGCAGCUUUUCCAAGGACAAAGCUUUUGCCCUGUUCCGCAUGGGGCCUUGGAGGCGCCACCCAGUGGUCAGCUGUGGGCACUGCCAGCUGCUCUGCCACCGUGCAGCAUUUGACAGCGCUGCUUCCUGGGGCUGAGCCCAGAGCACCCCAGCUCCCCCUGGGUCAAGGCCCUUUAUGGACCUGUGUCUUCUGUGGGCCACGGGUUCUGAAGGCUCCAUCUGGUCACAUUUAAAUUCCCCGGGAGCAGCGUGUGGUGUUUUUAUUUCUCCCUGACGAGGUGCCCAGCCCCUCCCGCCCUCUCAGCAUGUGCCUGCGGCACCCAGUGGGUGCACUCCUGGGGUGUCUCCUCCAUUCUGGUCUGCGAGGCCCGAUUCCAGGAGGGGAUGGGAGGCCAGCCCGUGGCAGCCGAGAGCCAGUGUGCGUACUGCACCGCACCACUGACCCAGAAACCUGGAGGUCAAAUCGCAUUUCAUGCUGUGAGGGCGAGAUGGAUACACAGAUUUUGCACCAUCAGUGGGAUGCCCUGAGCACCCCUGCAGGAUGCCUUUGGUCCAGGGUGGCCACAGGCCAGAGCUCUCACCCGAGCCGACUCAGGGGUGAGGUGGAACGCUGAACGUUGCUGCUCCUCCUUGGGGCCCCUCGGGGGGGAUUCAGAGAGGGAAGCGUGGCCGCGGCUGCGAGGCUCCCAGGUGCUCUGGCACCAAGCCUGCCUUCACUGCUGGUUAAACUCCAGUGCAUCCUAAGCACUCCUCACGCACCAGUGGGGUCCUCCUGUUGCCACGUGGACUGAGAUGCGCAGGUGUCCCUCCUGCUGCUGCGGGAGACGAGGCCCGGGGCCAGCAGUGAGCGGGAGGUACGAAGUUCCUAGAAGAGUCUCCCUGGGAGACUGCCAUCUCGGGGAAACCAAUGUUUAUUUACAAGCACAGCAUUUUCUUUUGCAUUUCUUUUCAAAGUUGGAUGGCAUUUCCCCCUUGAAAAUAAGUUUUCCCCUUGCUAGAAAGCAUAAAAUGUUUUCAACCCAACCUGCAAAGUUUAUGAUUUUUACUACUAUUGAAAUGGCAUAAAAGAUAAUACACCCUUUAUGACGGAGGGCCAGAAGGGAUCUCCAAAUAGCCCCCGUCUCCACUGCUGUGAGAGAUCGGACUUGACCGUGGAGCUUGACUUCAAGCGAAGGCAGGGCAGAACCGGCGUGGAAAGCAGCCGUGGCUUCUUGUAGGCGUGAUCACGAGUGAUUGAGAGAGUGACUCGGGGCAGCCGCCACCCAGCACGCCCCCGACAUCGGUUGCACUUGACCUGAUGGCUCCACGGUGUCUGGUGCACCCCAGGGUGUUGUGUGCAGGAGCAGGUUCUGAAGGGGCGCUGAGCAUCCCUGCCUGGAGCUGGCCCGGGUCGCCGCCCACCGCCCAAGGCCUGGGGCUGGUGCCUGCCUCAGCGGCCGAGUGGGCAGAGCGGUCACCUCCCAGGGCUGCUGGGCACCUGGGGUCGGACGGGGACGCGCUGACCUCACAGGUGACUUGGUCACUCUCGCAGAAGAUGUAAGCGUAUUUCUUGAGUAUCUGUGUGUGUGGCAGACACGUGUCAGUCUGAGACACAUACCGUGUGUCCAGUACCCUGCACAUGUGUGCUUCCAGCAGAGGGGUCUGUCCUGUGGCCCAACACUUGCCCAGGGAGGUGUGGGUUAUGCCUGUAUGCAGAUUAAACUUCGCCUUCGUGACUGCUUGGAA